AAAAAGCAUGGUAAACGCAUGCUAAAAAAAGCAUGUGAAAAACAUGGUAAAAUGCUAAAUUACAAAGCAAAUUUUACAGGAAAUUCUUUUUAUUUUGUAUAUUUGUUCUUCGUUUCACCUUCCACAAAUGGGUUUCUGCCAAGACUGGAUUCAGUGAAUGUCGUCUUACUGAUUCCUUGCUUUCAGAGAAACCAGGAUAUUUACUAAGAGGGCAGUCUUGAGUGGGGUAAAAGAGGCAACAAUCUACAGCUGUAACAUAAAGCAAAGCUACAAAAGCUUGCUUCACACUUUUUACCCCCACAAUGCACAAAGACAGAUACUGUGUACACGAGGAAGCAGAUGGCUAAACAAUCAUUGUUGGCAUUGGUUACGACACUUGAAGCUGUCAGAUAUGUAGUCGACUUAGUAAAAUAAACAGAGGACAAGAUAGUGCUGGUCAUCUGGCAAGCUUCAUUCAGCACUGUUAAAAAAAACAUACACACAUUCAAAACUGAAGCACAGUAUCUCCCAAAUAAAGCGAGUCCCCAUUAACCUGGGAAAGUUAGACUGCGCUGCGGGAAUAUAAACACUGUCAUCUUUAUUUCUUACACUUCCAUUCAGACAACUGUACAGUAAAUGUCCAAUAAAGCACUGCACAGUAAAACCAUAUUCCAAUACUCUCUCUGCACUUAGGCAGUGUGUUGCGGACAGCAGUGGUGCUUGCCAAGCAGCGCUUGAAAUUCUACAGACUUUUUAGAGGACGGCAGUUUUGGAUCCUUGAUAAUAGAAAAAGAACGCUGACAGAUGGUGGUAUGAGAAUGGGCCUGGGAAUAGUGAGAUUGUUAACUCUAGGAACACGUCCCAAAAUGUGCAAUCACCCGACACUUAAAGAGUUAUCAGAAACAUUCCACAGCUCACAAAACCUGUGACCAUCAGCAUGAACUGGAGAUUACAUUGGUCUUCAGGGUCUGGCUAGGAAGCAUUUUGCAGAGACAGCCAGCAAGGAAAAGAGUCUCUCUGUAAAAUGGAGCAGGAGUGAGCGUCCCGAUGAAAAAUGGGAAACACUAUCAGGGCCACUAUUGCCUUCAUCCCCUCCAAGAAGUGCCAGAAGUUCCUUAUUGGCGACUUGGAGGAAAUGCCACUGGACAAGAUGGUGGACGUGAGCGGGAGCCAGUUGAGAAGAUUCCCUGUUCAGAUCUGCAGUUUCACUCGACUGGUCAAACUCUACUUGAGCGACAACAAGCUGAGGAGCCUACCCCAGGAGCUGAAGCAGCUGCAGAGCCUCCAGAUCCUGGCACUGGAUUUCAAUGGGUUCAGGGAGCUGCCCAUAGUGGUGUGCAGCCUGAAGCAACUCUCCAUUCUGUACCUGGGCAACAACAGGCUUCACGCGUUGCCCUGGGAGCUGAGCCUGUUGAAGGAGCUGAAGACCCUGUGGAUCGAAACCAAUUACUUCAGUGACUUCCCAGAUGUCAUCUGCGAGCUGCAGAGCCUCAAAACCCUCCACGUGGGCUACAACCAGCUGAGGUGCCUCCCCAAAGAACUGAAUCGCCUGGAGGACCUGAGCAGUAUCUGGCUCUCUGGGAACCUGUUUUCCGAGUUCCCUGAGGUCCUGCUGGAGAUGCACUUUCUGGACGUGAUCGACGUGGACAGGAACCGUAUCAGACGUUUCCCCAGCCUGGCACACCUCAAGGGCUUGAAGCUGGUGAUCUAUGACCACAACCCCUGCGUAAACGCCCCCGCCGUGGCCAAUGGUGUGAGGAGGGUGGGGAGGUGGGCGACGAACACUGAAGAAAUCAAAUUAGAAAACAAGCAGAAGACCGGAGAGCCGCUUAUGGAAACCAAGGAGCCCCAGAUCGAAUCACAGAUUGAACCAGAUCAAGACGCCACCAUCUAGGAAGAUUAUAAUGGCAGGAACAGAGGUGUCUAACUAUUGAAGAACAGAGCGCAGCUGCUGUAUGGUGAAGGCAUUGAACAGCAUGGUACUUCCUGAAACUUACUUUGUUGUAGCGAGAAAACUGGUAUAGCAACAUUAAAGUAAUUUUUAAGAUUUUGCAGAAUCAGGUUACAUGCACACUAGGAUGCACUACUUGUUAGUUUAUUACAUUGUUUACAUUGUUUUACUAUUGCACAUAGAAUUCUGGAAAUUGUUAUUUGGUAUGCAGAAAGUAGGGGGCAGAACAUACUUGUAUAAUUGCCUCUGGCUAAAUAUUUACACUAGUUGUUUUCAUCUAUUUUGUUUACAGUACUGUAUGCACUACAGGUUGCUCAAAUUCUCAAUACAUAUUUGACCCUAUGUGCACACUAGUACUUGUUCAUUUAAGACAAAGUUUAAGUGAAUAAAGAACAAUUGCCUGAAAAAAUGAAAAACAUGUCAAAGGUGUUUAAGACAAGACACCUUGUUUAGUCUACAAUUUCAGUGCUUUGCAGAAUGCCAGGACCCUCCUUCAGAGCUGCGCUAAAUCAUCAAUACAAAAAUGAUUGUAAGCAAACUGUACUCCACAUUCACAACGAUACUGCACACAAUUUACUAUUCUUUUUUUAUUAUUAAAAUUGUUUAUUUCCAAACUUGAUGUUUCACUCGUUUUGUUAUGCAGUUCCCAGAAAAAUAAACUAAAAAAAACAAGUGUGUUCGAGUGUGUUGAGGAUUUAGAAACGGCAAGUGUGAAACAAUAAAAGCUCUCAACACCACCAUGAUUCAAACACGGGUCUUCCCAGCCUGACCAAACUGUUUAUUUAUCCAAUACAUGUUUGAAUCCCUUUGUUGCAUAACGUGUCACGCAACAGCAUUCAAUAUGGUGUGUAAAGUGAAGAGAGACAGAAAACACAUCUGAAGAACAAAAAUGGCUUAUCCCACACAAAGCUUCAACAAAGAAUAUUUUCAGAAUUCUGUUAUCCAGUCAUGUGGAUUCCAACUAAAACCAACGGUUCUCCAACACAAAAAAAAAAGGAAUUAAAUAAACAGAGGGCAGGGAAUUAGUGACGGGUCGUUACAGUCAAGCAUAGUACUGGUACAACUUACUGUCAACACGAGUUAACCAGAUUAGUAAAU